AUGGAUAGCCAAAAUGGGUUUCUCUCAAGCCUCGCUGUCGGCUCAACCUUGUCUCCCAAUCUCGAUAUCCUCUCUCGCUACGCCGGCCUCUCCGUUCCCUCCUCGAUCGAGACGCUCAAAACCCCUUCUCCGAUUGACUAUGAAGCCUCAACAACCGUUGAACAUCGUAGUGCUGCACGCGCAUUGCUGGUGAGAGCGCGAACAAGCGAUGCAGGCUACCGUCCACCAGACCAACAGAAGAGACAUCUCUUGCGCGUACCGAGCCGAAGAAGCUUGAAGCUGGAUGAAGAAAAAUGGACUUUUACAAAACACGAGGUUGGAAAGGUUCUCAAUGAGCUUCUUUGUAUGGCUCCGUUGCCCGAUGUGCAAGUAGCGCACGCAGUGCUUGCUUCUGUACACAUUGACUCGCUGGAUGAGCUGUGGGAGCACUUCAAAGACAGCAAGCUCCAGAAGAGGCAAUCCAGCAUUUUUCGGCGUUCAACGUCUUCGAAUAAUGGAUUGUCUAAUUGGUUGAGUACCGUCACGGGCCAGGAAAACAUACCGUAUAUCCAUCUAAUGUGCCAGUAUAACGCAGGGCCCAAUCUGUUGAAUCAAGCCUUUGUAAUUGCGCUCGCCAGGCGCAGCAUCCCCUCAAUGAAGCUUCUUCUGAGCUUCGGCGCGUGCAUCUUGCCUAUCUGCAAAGAUUAUGUGCGACCAUUUGUGGCCAAGGACGACGUCGACAUUGUAAAGCUUUUGCUUUCGGCUCCAAAGGGCAUGAAUGUUGAGGACUGGCAAUACUCCCUUCAAGCAAAUAUUGAAGGAGCUCCACGUGGUGUAUGCAAAGCAGGCACCCUGCUUCAAUGCGUCCAUCAUCGGCCAGAUAUUGCAACUGGGGAGUAUCUCCUCAGAGCCAUCGAUGCGAACAAUGUUGCUGCCGCCGCCGUUCUUCUUUCCUACCUGACUACUCGAACAUGCAUGAUGCCUCCCAUGUUUUCUGUCCAGAAAUUCAGUGUCGCAUCUUUCCUAAGCACAACCGGAAACGGGGUCGAGCAUGAGAAUCUUGCUGUACAGGCAUGCGAGCGCAUCUCGGCAAACCCCGAAUACGAGACAAGAUAUAAGCUCUACUGCCUUCUCGAUGAAACAAAUCUUGUGAGAGAUGUGCCGGCUCUUCGGCAAGAGAUGUCGUACAGCGUCAUGGCCAAAAGGACCCCUAUGAUUCACCUUCUGGUCAAAGCCGGAGUACGUCCAUCUAUCGAAGAGGCUGUGUCUAUGAUGGACUUUUCCAUUCUCGGAAUAAUGCUUGCCGCGAUGAGAGGAAGAGACGACGUUCCAAAUCUGCUGUCACUUGUCCGGUUCGACACUCCAGAGGACGAUAUGCUUCGUUUUCUGGGUAUGUUGGCUUCAAACGACCUGCACUUUCGAGGACAGCCAUUGGAUGAUAAGUUCAUCGAAGCGAUUUCCAAAAGGCAUCAUCGCACUGUUGAGGCAUUCCAGAGAAUGGGUGCAACCACCACGUACAAGUCCAUCCAAAUGGUACUCAGCUCUGCCGAUGUUGAGAUGCUGGGGAUUCUACUACAAGGAGAUAUCAGUGAUGAGGAACUUUCUCCUGCACUAUCAGACGCAAUGAAGAUUGCAGAUCCGUCAAUUCGGCGCACGACUGUCAAAAUGCUUGCUGAUAAAGGCAUACGGAAAGAAGCUCUAUAUGAACAACUGUGUCUCAUCAUUCAAUAUCCAGACCCUGAUAUGAGGCUCAUCAAGAUUUUACUCCAAUAUCAGCUACCUCUGCAUGGGAAGGGCGGCAGGUUGAAUGUAAUUCACCUUGCCAUUCACAAAGCAUCUCUCGCAGUAAUAGAGCUUCUCUGGAAAUUCUAUCCUCACCCAGCGUCCCUGUCAGAAGCCCUCCUGAAAAGCUUUUCGCGCAUCGCAGAAGACGGUGGGAAUCUUACCCACGAUAUCAUCCAGUUCCUUCUCAAGAAUGGCGUGAAGGGAGUGGGACUUGACAAGACGCUUCUGGUAGCUGCUGAGUCCAAGAGUCCUCGCGCAUUGGAUAUUAUUCGUUUAUUGCUCAAGCAUGGUGCAGAUGCGAACUAUAACCACGGCAAUGCUUACGCAGCUGCAUUAAACGAUUACGCUAGGUUCGAGGUUCUUUGCAAAGCCUGCCCAGUAAAGGAAGUUGUCGCCAAGCGACUUCUCCCGUCGCUACUCGAGGCGAGUAUUGCCAACACACAGGCAUUGGAGCUAAUGCUGCAGUCAGUAGCAUCGAAUGGAUCAAGAAUAGACUUGACAGAGGUGCCAAACUUAUUGGAGGGUCAUCCAAACAUGGCGGCUAUUAUUCCAUGUCUCGUGAAGCAUGGCCUUGAUGUAAACCUUCAGAAAGGCGUGAUCAUACGGUUUGCCGUGGAGAAGAGCGACCUCCCGCUGUUGAAGACUUUGCUCUCCGUCAAUACAUCUACCAAUUCCCUCAAGACUGGUUUCGCAGCUACGAAGAAGACUAAGAUUCGAGAAACGAGGCUUGAUAUGAUGAGACUUCUACUCGAUAAGGCCGGCAACGCGGAAAUUGGUCAGUCUGAAGAGCUAUACGACGAAACACUAGAGGCUUUGUCGAAGUCAGGAGAUGACAGGGGUUUCAAAAUCCUUCUUGCUCACAAGCCACUGGUCGGCACCAAAUCUCUCGGUAUUGCUGCUGCGAUUUCUUCAAGGUCCACGACUAUUUUAGAGAUGCUGCUUUCGCUUCAUCCAAGCGGGGACUCUAUCACCACGGCUUGCAUUGCGGCAUUCAGAUCGCCCAAGCUCAAUGAUGGUCAGAAAGAAGCAGUCCUAGGGCUACUACUAGAUGCCAAGCCAGGGCUCACGAAGGCUGAAACUUCCAGCCUACUGCAUGCGAUGGUAGAGCAGUAUGGAGACUCCACGCUUGUUCCACUGAUGCUCAUGAAACGAGGCGUAGAAGUCACGGCGGCUCACCUCAAAGCUACUCUCAUCUCAAGUAGUAAAGAGUUAUUCACACUUCUAAUUCGCGAAGUGAAGCCCACUAAUGCUAUAAAUGAGUGCUUUACUCAAGCAAUGUCGUCCGCCAUGAUGGUAGAAAGGCGUCGCUGGAUUUACGAAGCCCUUCUAGACACCGGAAAAGUUUCAAUUACUGCUGCCUCGGCAGCGCUCAUCUUAUCCCUUAACGAAGGGACACCUGACGUGGGACUGGUAAAGCUGUUACUCAGGCAUGGUGCUGAUGUGAAGUUGAAGGAAUUCCGUCCUCUAAAAAUGGCUUUCAAUCUCAAAUCGGCAGAGCUUGCCGAGCUACUCAUUCAAUCUAUCAAGGACGAUAAUACCGCUGCUGCAGCGUUCGACCUGGUACGAACCUCGACGACAAUGAAGCCAGCGUUCAGAUUCAGGGUAUAUACUACUCUUCUCAAACACAAAAUCACCGAGGAUAAACUCACACUAGCUCUCAUCGACACAUUGCAGAAUGCUUCGGACAUAGGUACCAUGAGACUACUCCUUGAACGAGGAGCUAUCCCAAGUGCAGACGGCGCCAAGUGUUUUGUGCUAGCCUGCAAAGCGGGAAAUGACGCCGCUCUCAGAAUCAUGUGUCAAUAUGCGAAUGUUGAUGCAGUGACUCUGGCUCUAAUUGAGCACUGCUCCAAGGAAAAAGAGGUCGUCACGUGGCUGAAGGCUUGCAUGUCCGAAUUACGCAAAGCUCAUCUUAAAGACUCGAAUCUCCUGUACAUGGCCAUGGCCAAGUUCCCUAAGGGAGGGACUCUAGUAGAGAGGCUUCUUCAUUACGGAAUGUCGGCGGGAACGAUGAAAUCGGCUUCUUUAUGCAAACAGUGGAAACGCGAGCCGAUCACACCUUUGCUUUGGGGGCUCAUGUCAGACUUGAAGAUAUCAAACAGAACUCUACUAGCUCUCGUCGCCAAGGGAGAUGAUGCGAAUUUGUUGUACUCGACGCCCAGCUCCCAGGUAUCAGCAGCUUUCGCCUGUAUGCUCGACCCCGAACGCAACCCAGUUCUCGAAUAUCUCCUCAAAUUACAUGGCAAAGUCAUAAGAAUAUCUGUUAUUCCGGGGCGUUCAUUCUCCUACCUAAGUCAGAAGCCUAAAGCACCAGAUCCCACCAAACCCAUGACCCGCGACCUGGUUUUAAGCGAAGCAGCUCUCUACCUAGGUAACCUAAAAGCCUUCAUUUCUCUAGGUGGCGGUAAAGAUACAAACGAUGGGUCACUACACACAGCUGCUUUGCUUGCACUGCCAGAAUUCGUCCGGUGGCUGCUACAAUGGUACAGCGCAGAUCUCGAGCACGAGGCUUUUGGGAUGAUGAUUCCCCUCGUGGUAGCUUGUCGCUCAGAGGCGCGGCCGUGGUGCAGGGUCGCCAACGCUGAGAGUACUUUUGAGAAGCGGAGGGUAAAGACGAUGCAGCUGCUUGCCAGAAAGACGGAUCUGUCUUGGCGCAAUCGAAGAAAGACAGUACUACACUUCGCCAUAGAUGAAGGGCCAGAUGCUCUGCAAGCUAUGCUGGAAGCCCUCGAUGUGGCCCACGAUGCGCGACGUAAUGAGCGGUAUCUAUAUACGGACCGAGAAGGCAUCACAUACUCCCUCAGCUGCUACAUCAGCCAUCUCUUGGACCCCGACAACAAGGAUCCUAAAACCCUUAGAAUGAUCCUAUUGCUGCGCGACACCGGUAAAUUGAAGGAUAUUAUGUAUCGACCUGAAGAACCGGGCCCUGGAGUUGAACAGCCGGUUGGGUAUUGUGGGAUGCCGCCAGACCUUGAGAGGAAGUGGGAUGCGUAUAGCGAUUAUGAUUCUGUGUAUUAG